AUGACCACGACAGGGGAUAUCAUCUAUAUUGGGUUCUUCAGUAACGACAGAGGGCAGCCUCCGGAGGAGCUUUACGGCGCAGAUUCCAUUGUUGAUUCCAUACUUACCAGGUUCAUCCGAAAAAGCCAACUCGAGUUAAUCACAUUUGUAUGCAAAACUCUCCUGGAAAAGGCCACUGUUAAUGAUACUGCUGUUACCGUUAUCAAAGAUGACGCAGACAGCCAGAAUGUCGGCGUUCUAUACUGCUUUAAACCCCAUGACCGUCCCGCCACUGUCGUAGUCGCCCGGCCUUCCUAUUCUGAGCAAAUCGCAAGGAGUAUUGCGAAAGGAGUUCAGCUGAAGAUCAGAAAGGACUUUGCAGUACCACAAGAUUUUGAUUUAACACUCCAAAAGAGAUCGAGUGUGGAGCGGAGUAAACUUGGAAUCUAUGAUGAAGCAGUUGUGAAAGCUAAAAGCAAACUCAAGGAAUAUGCUCAAGAUCCAGGCAAGGCUGAUGAGCUUGCAAAAAUCCAGCAGCAGCUGGAUGACACUAAGCAGGUGCUAUAUCAGACCGUUGAUAAAAUGCUGGAGCGAGGGGAGAAGCUCGAUAGUCUCAUCGCGAAGAGCGACAAUUUGAGCAUGCAGAGCAGGGCGUUUGCUGCUCAGGCAAAGAAACAGAACUCUUGCUGUUCGGUAAUGUAG